AUGGUAGCAUGGACUUGUAAUCCCAGUGCCGAGGAGGCAGAAACAGGAGGGUCCCUGAGGCUUGCUGGCCAGCCAGGAGAGCCAAGUUCACGAGCUUCAGGGUGAGUGAGAGACCUUGUCUCAAAAACUAUGGUAGGGUGGGAAUGAGAAAGACACCAAGUAUCACUUCUUGGCACACACAUGCACAUACAUGUACUAAACGUGUGCCUGUGUACACAUGGGUGCCUCCCACCCCCCAUACAAACCACAGUACCUGACACACAAUACAGGGCCAAUCAUGAUGCUAAUAUAUAGCCUUCAGUUGUAGCUUUUUCCAUCUUUGAUUAUUAUCUUCCUCCCCUCUUCCCUCCACUCAUCCUUGAGACUCAGUCUUUCUGCCAACUCUGGGAACACACUGAGUUUCCAGCUAUUGUAUCUUCAGAGUUAUUCUUCAGCCUGCCCUCCGCAGAUCCUUCACAGUUUUCAACUCUGACUUGAAAUCACAUUUAGUCUCCAAGUAUCUCUGUUAAUUCAAGGUACAUCUUGUUAACACUUGUGGUUUGAAUAUGCAGUAUCUCCCCCAGGCUCAUGUGUUUGGACACUGUUUCCAGCUCCUGGUGGUAAUUAGGUAGUGGAGCCCUGCUGCAGAAAUGUGGUCACUGGGCUGAGCCUGGAGGCUUUGUAGUUAAGUCACAUUUCCUGUCCAUUCUCCAAUGUGAUCAGCAGACUCACGCGCCUAUCCCCUUGACUUUCCCACCAUGACAGACUGCAGUCUUUCUUAUGACAUGAUCUAAAAUAAACUGAUUUACCCUCAAGUCAUUUCUUGUCAGGUAUUUAAUCACAGCGAUGAGAGAAAUAACUAACAUUGCUAUUACAUAUCAAUUUAACCAUUUAUUGUGGUUCUCUCACUAGACUGUAAGCGCAAUUUGUCCAUUUACUUUCUUCUUAAGGUCCAGUGCUUGAUGUCUAGUAGCUGCUCAGGUUACAGUUGUAGAAGCGAUGAAUGAACUAAGAAAUGAUUCAUCCAAUAAUCUUAAAGAGGCAAAAUUUCCUUUUAGGCCCCUUAAGUUAUGUAUCUGUGUUAGUCUGUUUUGUUAUGCUUGCUAUAAUAAACUAUCUGGGACUGGGUCCUUUUUAUGGAGAUUUUUACUUAGCUCACAGUUUUGGAAGGUCAAAGUCUAAGACACUUGGCCAGGCUGGUUGAACCUGGGGAGGGCCUUUUACCUAUGAGGCAACAUGGUAGAUAAUAUAGAGGAGACACGUGUAAGAGGGCAGGAGCUUGCCGAGAGGCAAGAGGCUUGCUCUUCUUAUAACAACCUGCUCUCUAAUAAUGAAUUCACUCAUACCAGUCUUUAAUCACCCCAUUCAUGAGUGGAGCCCAGAUUGCAUAAUUGCUGUUUAUUAGGCCCUGCCUAUAUCUUAAAGGUUCUACUACAGUGGUUGAUAUCCCCAUACUAGGGCAGAUUUCCAUAAGCCUGGCAUUAGAGAAGCUAUGGCCAAACAAAAGCAGUAUUUCACAUUAAAACCUCCAGCUUUGGCGAUACAGACACAUGACCCCUGUGACCCCAGCACUUAGGAGGCAGAGGCUGAAGGAUCUCUACAGGUUCAAGGCCAGCCUAGCCUGCAUAGUGAAUUUCAGGUCAGCCCCUGCUACACGGUGAGCUCUUGACUCAAAUAUGACCACAAACAAACAAACAAACACUACCAUAAAAGAAAGAUAAGAUAGGUUUUAGAAUUUGGGGUUCCAGUCAUUGAAUAGAAAAACCUGCCAUGUUCUUUGGUUUUACUGUCUCGAUGCUUUUUAUUUGAGUAAGAUUUCCAAGUGCCAGGUUCUCAGAACCUUAACUGAAGUAUCCGCCCACAUACAAUAAUUACCAUUAAGGCUGAAGAUGUCUGCUAGCUGCUCAGGUUGAAGUUGUAGAAGAGAUAAAUGAACUUGUAAAUGAUUCAUUUUAUAAUCUCAAAGAAGCAAAAGUUCUUACUGUUUUUUUUGCUUUGUAGAAGUAAAUGAAGCUUUUAGGGAAGUAAAAGCAGCCCAGUGACUUCUGUGGAUGUUUGCUUAUAUUUAGCUGCAGUGUUUAUUCUUUCUAAUUUGCCCAAUGGUCUCUCUCAUUGAAAGAACAAACAAGAAGUAUUAUUGGGGCAGGGCAACAGCAGAACUAUCAAAUCACUGAUAUUUCUAGUGGUUAAAAGGACUUUAAAAAUUAGCAGGUUCACUAUUUUACUUCAUAUCUAUAAAAAGAAAAACCUAGAAAAAAAGGACCAAUUGGACCUGACUUCACAUAUGGAGUCAGUGCUGAGACACAACUGAACUUUCAAAAAGUCUUCACCAGCAGUCCAAUGGCACAGAACCAACUUUAAAGUAAGCCAAAAUAAAUAUGAUCUCACCGCCCUCUUAAGUCAUACCCUGACAUCAGUUUGUUCUGGAUUUUCAUGUUGCUGUGAAAAACAAAUGCUUGGCAAAAGGACUUGAGGGAGGAUGGGUUUAUUUUGGCUCCCAUUAAGGAAGGACACAGGCCAUCACCAUAGCUAAGGCAUGGAGGCGAGAGUGAGGUCACACUGACUGAAGAGACAGGAAAGAAACAGGAAACUGAGAGGAGUGUUGAUGCUCAGUGAGCUUUCUCUUUUUUAUUCAGCUCUUGACCCCAUUGGGGCUGCUCACAUCCAUGUGCUUCUUCCUUCCUUCUUUCCUGAAAUGUUUCUAGAAACAUCCCUCAGACAUACACCCAGAGGUAUUCCCAUAGCGAUUCUCAAUCCUGCCAAGUUGACAAAAAUAUCAUAUCAUGGAUAAUAUGGGUUAUCCCAUGUGUAUUUUUAUUUUUCCUUAUAAAACUCUUCAUCUGUGCAGCAUAAUUAGCCUAGGCUUUCAAUUACUAUGCAUAAAAACCUGCAGGAAUUAAAUUUAAGAUUAGCUAGACAAAAACCAUUAGAAAUACAUGAAAAGCCAUAUUAUUACAUGCUGAGUCUUUUGGUCCAAGUUUAGUUUCUCUUAUUUUUAAGAAAUAAAUGUGUUGAUAAAAUGAUCAGAAACUGUUAAAGAUGCAUCUGAUUGUUAGUUCAAAGUAAAUGAAAACAAAGGCAUUUAACCAAAUGACAUUCUCUUGCUAAAUUAUAGCAAUUACUUUAGGCCCAUAGUUCCUACAAAACUCUCCUUAAGACCAAUGCAAUCAGACCACAAGCAUAAUAUAUUUUUGGCUAAGCUCCCCAAAAGAUGAUAUAGUGAACAGCCCAGAGGUGGUAAUCAAGCCACUUAUUAGCCUUUAAAAACACUCUGUAGAGGAAUGUAGUGGUGGGCAGGAAAAAUGAUCAAAACGUAUUGUAUAUGUAUGAAAUUUUUCUUUAAAAAAAAAAAAAAAGAGUCCUUAAGGACUUCAUACAAUGCAUUUUUAUAUUUACUCCCCACUUCCCUGACACAUCUCCCGGAUUCGCACUCCACUUCCCCACUCGAACUUCAAGUCCUUAAAAUCUUCAAGGAAUAAAGAAAACAAAACUUCUCUGUACCAUUUUCCAUCCAAAACAACAGCUCAUCUGCACCAUCUCCAACGUGCACACUAUCCAUUCUCUUAAUUAUGGUUUCCAGUUCUAAAAGGAAGGUCUUAGCUGGGCGUGGUGGCGCACACUUCUGAUCCUAGCACUGAGGAAGCAGAGACAAGUAGCUCUCGAGGUCUGCCUGGUCUACCUGGGUAGCUUCAGACCGGCUAAGGCUACAUACACUGUGUGACCCUGUCUCAAGAAGGAAGCGCUUUAAGUCAAAUUUUGACAGUAACAGAGGUGAUAAGGUUUUGUGUUGCUUGGUCUUUGACCCAAGUCUCUCGAGAGCUGAUGCAAAGAGCUGCCUUUAAUCCGUAUUCAGAAAGGAUACUGAGGCACACUCCAAGGCGGGAAGAAGUUGCAGGCGACAACCGUGGAGCCUGUCACCCGGCUGGCAACUGCGGCCCACGCAGAGGGUGGAGUCUCGGGCUGCGCGUGCGUGCGCGCACGAGUCCCUCACUCCGCCCACAGAGUCCAGAUGCCCAUCCAGAACCUCUGACUCCCGAGGGCACCAACAACAGCUGAUUUCGCAGCCUCUCCUCCUCCCAGACAGGGUCCCCACCUCCUUCCAGCCCGGAGUGCCCGGCACACCGGAAGUCCUUUUGCCCCGUCUCCGCAGAGCGGAGGCAGUGCGCGCAGAGGCAACCGGAAGCUCCUCUGCCCCUACCGUCAGCGUGAAGCCGCCGGGCGGCGCAGGCGCAGUGCGGCUCAGGCGGAGCUGUGGGAGGGGAGUAGGUCGGGGGCCGGUCCCUGAAGAUGGCGGAGGCGGGGGUGAACUGGGGGUCUCCGGGCAGAGCUCAGGUGAGCUUAUUUGGCCGGGGACGGCUCGAGGACGGCGGUGGCUUUUGGGAAGAGGAGCUGUUUAUGUUUUAACGUCGCAGGCUGGCAACACUCCUAGCUGGUGUUGGGGGAUCCAGGACCCGCAGGAUUUCUGGUAGGUCCCACGUUCAGACAAGAUGUACCAUUGAAACAUUGGUCUGCUUCACUUCACAGUUCACCUUUUCCACUGGGAAGCCACAUUUUGUUUUACGGCUUAGGCCUACUGAACUUAUGAAACCAUGGCGGAAGGAGAGACGGAGUCACCUCGGCCUAAAAAGUGUGGCCCAUACAUUUCCUCUGUCACCAGCCAGAGUGUGAACGUGGUGAUCCGCGGGGUGGUACUCUUCUUCAUUGGAGUGUUCCUGGCAUUAGUGUUGAACUUGCUUCAGAUUCAGAGAAACGUGACACUUUUUCCACCAGAUGUGAUCACGAGCAUCUUUUCAUCUGCCUGGUGGGUACCACCAUGCUGCGGCACAGCCUCAGCUGUGAUUGGGCUGUUGUACCCCUGCAUUGACAGGCAUCUAGGAGAACCUCAUAAAUUUAAAAGAGAGUGGUCCAGUGUCAUGCGCUGCGUGGCGGUGUUCGUGGGUAUAAAUCACGCCAGUGCUAAAGUAGACUUCGACAACAACUUCCAGUUUUCCCUCACACUGGCUGCACUGUCAGUAGGACUGUGGUGGACUUUUGACAGAUCUAGAAGUGGUUUUGGCCUUGGUGUUGGAAUUGCUUUCUUAGCAACCGUUGUCACCCAACUGUUAGUCUACAAUGGUGUUUAUCAAUACACAUCUCCAGAUUUUCUCUAUGUCCGUUCUUGGUUGCCAUGUAUAUUUUUUGCUGGAGGCAUAACGAUGGGAAACAUUGGCCGUCAACUGGCAAUGUAUGAAUGCAAAGUUAUUGCUGAAAAAUCUCAUCAAGAAUGAAGAGGGCAGACGUCUUAUCUGUUCUUUGGGAGCCUUGGGAAAGCACCGUGGGUAUGAGAGGUUCACCAACGGAGGACCCAGUUUUCCCUUGAUUGUGUAUGUGUGUGGUGUGUGUGUGUGUGUGACACACAUGUUUUUGCAGUCUGUGAUUGCUUCUGUAAAUCAGUUACCAACCUUUCGGUAUUUGAUUUCAAUAAAUGUAAGAUAUCUGUGCGCUACAUGAAAGAUAUGUUUAUGAGUACAUGAAAUUUCUAAGUUUUUUGAACACAGCAUACAUUGUAUCACAAUGUCAAUGUGCCAAACGUGUUACUGACACAGAGAAUAAGAAUGCUUUGAACAAUUUAGAAAUGUAAUGAAAGAGAAAAAGAAAGCUAAAAACAAAGCAAAUAGAAAGCAAAUUAUAGCUGGCCGUUCCCUCUCACCGGCUGGUGUGCCUUUUCCCGUUUCUAAUCAGCUGUGUUCGUCACAGCACCCACAUGUGUUGUCUCUGUUGCUAUCGUUUCAGAGUUUGAGUCUUAUAUGGUACUCAUGAACUUCCAUAGAAUGGUUUUAAGUCUGCAUUGUUGUAGGGACCCAAAGAAUACUUUCCCGAUUUCUUCAGAAGGCUGUGUGAUGGGCAGAGGUGGUUAUCAACAUCACCCCACUUUGAGUCUACAUUUGGAAAAAACAAAUGACUAAAAUCAGGGGCUUUGUUUAGAUGAAUGUGCUUGGGAAUACUGUGUAGCCCUCUCUCUGCCACAGAGGCCAAAGUGAUGCUAAUUGUCACUGGCUACUGAAGCUCACAGCUCCAGUGCAUGGAUGACAGGAACACAGGCAGAUCAAGGUGACAGGUCAUACAGAACCUAUUGGACUCUAGAAAGCAGGCCAUGUGACUGAGCAGCUAUAGAGGGCCUGAGUGUGUGGCCUUCAUCAGUGCAGUCGGAAGAUGCUGGAACCUGACUCCCUGUGUGCUAAUGUCUAUUACAAGGUCUGUCCUUGGAGAGCGUAUGGAGAGCACACUUCACACAUCCCGUUAACAACGCCUGCCAUGUAUUUAUGGGUUAAGUCGAUCAGCUGACUCUCCGCUCGCUUUGCAUUUCUGAAAUUGUUAAUUGACUGGCACACAAGGGUAAAUUCUUCUGACUACUGUGGUGUGCGUGUGCUUCUGUUUUGAGUGUGAGAGAAAAUGUAUUCAUGUGUCUGUGUGUGCAUGUGCCCAUGCUUUCCUAUAGUGUCAGGUAGACAUUUUAAUUUCUUUUAAAGCAGUGCUGUCAGACUGAAAUCUUGUACACUGGAGUGUAAUGUGCUUUGUGUUCUCAGGCGCAGAGUGUGAACAUCCCAAGAGUACUCCAUACUGAAUAUGUAUACACAAGCCUAAUGGUAGUAGUGGUGACCACACUACUCUAUUUAUUAUUCUGUCUUUCAGAUGUUAUUCAUUUAGAACAAAUAAGGUAUAUUUUUAGAAUCAAAUUUGUAAACACUAUAAAAUCUUUAAUAAGUUAUAAGGUCUAUGAUAUGUUUACUUUGAAAAUUGCUGUUGAAAGCAAGAUGUAUUAAAUAUGUAAUUAUCACCA